UUUGUAACGGUGAUUUUAACGGGAGGAGGCUACGGUAGAUAAGUUAUCAUAUGUAAACAGAAGUGCAUUUUAUUAGGCCUUCAUUGAACCUCAGUGUAUGAUAUAUGGAAAUCGUUGUUUUAAGCUAAGCUGUACAUCCGAGGACGACAACACUGUUUGUUUAUAUUCAUGGACAAAUGAAUAAUAAGUGGAGCGACAUUCGUGCUCCGUGCUCCUGGAUGGAGAUGCAUCAGUUAAUUGGUGACCUUAUCACAUCUGGAAACUCCUUGAAGGAUCAACCAGAUGUGCUUACCACAGCAUGGGGCGUUGCUGCUGCAACUGCUGGUGGAGGUGAGGGUCUGCGGUUCAAAGAUGCUUCACUUGUACCUCCACAACAACCUCCAUCUUCCCGGGACAAGUCAGAAUCGGAGCCCAGCAGACAGUCUGGGGCAUCACAGAGGAAGAUAGAGCCGGCCAAAGACAGAAGAGAAGAUGUGCGUAACACCUGCACCUGUCCUGGUUGCCCUUACUCCACUUCUCCUUCUUCCUCUGAUACUGUAAAACCUGGACAAUCUAUGUCCUCACCCCCACGCUCUAAUGCAGUAUGCCACCCCAAAGACCUCCGCAGGACUGCUCCAAUGAGCCUCAGCAGUGAACCCAGCAGCACCACACCUGAUCUGGAGACCAGGGGGUCCAGCCGGCCACAGACGGAGGGGGAAGACACUCACAGCCCGGACCAGACUCCUCCUUCCAGAGGGUCUUUGGGCCACGUGUCCCACCUCUCCUUGUUUCCCUGCUUGUGUUGCCAUCGCCUGCAAACCUGUACCCACAUACUGAGCCACCAGGAAGGCACUGACUCCCGUUUUCCUCACAGCCAUCAUCCCUUUCAUCACAACCACUGUCCUAUAACAUCUUGUUUACCUUGCCCUCAGCUCUCCGGCCCCUUCCCCUGCUUGCCUUGCCAGCGCUCUUCCCCCCCCUGCCCCCACCAGCACAGACAAACACACACUCAGCAACAAGAAGAAAUAGGACGGGCGCCUAUGAGCAUGUUGUCGCUGCAUCCCUGCAUGCACUGCUCUGCCUCUUUCUCCAGACCGUCCCAGUUGCUGCAGCACCAGCGCUCUGAGCACGCCCACAAACAAUCCGGUUUCCUCUGCACAGAGUGUGGCAGAGCCUUCAACUCCCACAGCAAUCUCCGCAUCCACCUCAACGUGCACACGGGCGCCCGGCCAUACACCUGCUCGGACUGCGGGAAGAGUUUUAGCCAGUCGGGGGCUCUGAAGAUCCACAGGCGGAUUCACACAGGCGAAAGGCCGUAUUCCUGUGGAUUUUGUAGCAGGGGGUUUCCCCAUCUUGCAGGGGUCCGGGCCCAUCAGAGGACACACACAGGAGAGAAGCCUUACUGCUGUAGCCAGUGCGGGAAAUGUUUCACCCAGUCAGGAGCUCUUAAGAUCCAUAUGCGCAUCCACACAGGGGAGAGACCCUUCAUCUGCAGCUUCUGUGGCAAAGGCUUCUCCAACCGCUCCGGGAUCCGCUUCCACCACCGCACAGUCCACGGGCUGGCCCCCCAACACGGAGGAGCUGGAGAUGUAGAUCGAGGUCCAGCAGGUCGUAGUUGUCAACCUGGGCGCCCCAGGACUUUUCCUGGGCUAAAUACACCCAACAGUCUGGAUACAAACUCACAAACAAAUCCCAGAGAAUGUCCUGUUUCUGCCGCUGCUCAUCCUGGUAAUGAGAGCAAAUCUCAGUCAGGGGAAACAAACCCAGGCACCAGCAGAGGGGGGCUUCUGUACGCAUGUGAAGACUGUGGCCUGCGCUUUAAGGACGCCCCGUCCAGGAACAGACACCAGACUCUAAUGCAUUACUCCUCUGAAGGGAGGGAGGAGGAGGGGCGGGGGGUAGAGAUGAGCACAAACAAGAGGGUCCGUGAUAACAGUGGUACAUUACAGCAGGCUAACAACAUCCAACCAUUAGAGUGAAUAGUUCUUAAAAACAAGUGUUGGAAUUAUGUUUGCGAUAUAGUUAAGUAUCGCACUUUUACAUUUGAAAAGUCUUUGUUAUAGCACUACAUCUCUUUUUCAGACCUAAAUUAAGAUGUUUCAUUUAAUUUGUAAAACCAAAACUGAUUGAAUCAAAUGUUUUGUAGAUCUUGAAUUCAGAAGUUCAAUUAUCUUGUUCGAACCUUAAACCGUUGGAUCCCAUUGGAGGUAUCCAGCUGCUUGUUUCAUGUCUAUUUUUAAAAUAACCUUGAUACUGUAAUCACACACCAGGUCAACAACGGAAAUGUUUUUCCCCUUAACACAGUUUUCUUUUUAUUGUGCCUUAUUCAGCAGUGGUAGAGGUAAGCCAAUUCAUUACUAAAUGUGACACGUGUAAAAGAAUUUCAAAAAAAUUAUAUAACAUAUGAGGUUCUUUUAUUUACAUUUUCACAUAUAAUGGCGAACUUCCACGGCCCCCUUACCCUUAUUAUAUAAAAACCCUUUGGAUAGGAAAAAGGACAAUUUUCUAUCUUCUUCUUUUUCACUAAGAGUGAACAACAGCGUCGACAUAUCGGUUUAUUUAAAUGUUCCUUAGUAAUUCUAUCUGUUUAAGACCUGUGUUUUCCUUUGAACAAAUCUUGGCAUCAUGGCAUAGACAAUGAAAGCAGGAAGCACAGAGUUAAGUCAAAUGAAAUUACUGUCGAGUGACAAAAAACAAGGCCACAUAUUGGAACUGUUUAUGUUAAGGUUGUGUGUCUUGCAUAAGGACACAGGGUUGUUGUGCCUUUCUGUGUUAUACUAAAAGCAUUUAUUUAAAAAAAGAAUAUGUUUGUUACUAUUUAUGUUUAUAAAUGGAGGACACAUAUCAGAGGAGUGAGAAACAGUGGAUGAGUAAAACAACUCAUUACUGUUUAAAGCUCAAGGGAGCCCUCUAGUGGUUAUUCUUCAUCAUAGCAACAAUAUGAACCACUGUUAGUGUUCCAUUUACAGUGCUUCUUAAAUGUUGUUUCUUUUGCAAAACAUGUACAAAUCAUACAUUGUGAAUACAAUGUUUAGUGAGAACAAGUAACAUAAUCAAUUCACUCUGUUUGCAUUAACCUGUUAAACACACUGAGGCAGACAUUGCUGUAUGUGUUUUCUGAAAGUGCAGCUUGUGAUUAAACAUUUCAAUAUCUCUGA